AUGGCAUCGACGGCGAGCACUCCUCCGCCGAAACGAAAGUUCGUUCCAGAGCUUAUAGAGUCGACCACCAAGUCGUCGUCGUCGUCGUCAUCGCGCACACAGGCCAAGGGUAGGGAUGCUUCGACGACGACAGCGUCAAAGGGCGCCAGCAGGUUUCGGCCUCAGUUGAUCGAAACGACGACGGAGACCAGCCGGAAAGCUGUCAAGCAGGGCGGAGACGGUGGUGACAAGGGCAAACAGAGGGGUGUUGGGAGUGCCGGUCGUGCAGGAUUAGGGGUUGCCGAUCAGCAACAAAAGAAGUCAAGGGAUGAUGCUGCCACAAAGACGUCACAGGCCCCGCGGAAGUUCACUCCCCAGCUUAUCGAGACUGGGAAGCGGUCGUUUCGCCAGAACCCGGCAGGAAGCCCUGCCCGACAGAAUUUUGGCAGCAGCAGUGUCUGCUCGGCCAAUACGCUUAGGUUUCGAGCUGCAGAUUCGGAGUCGAAGUAUUCCUAUGCAAGCUUAUCUCGGCGCCAUGGGAGCAGACGACAGUCGUUCCAGGUUCCUAACCUCCCCGCCAUCCCCUCCACCAGCAGUGAAAACUCCGGCGAGUCACCAACCUCAUCGCUCUCGACCUCCCCUACCAAUUUCUCCAACGAAGGCAGCCAUCAGAAUGUGCAUGUUCACUACCCUGACUCCUACACCGGCUCCUAUCCGGACAAUCACAUGUACAACCUCCACUCUCGUUUAGUCUCCGAGAAGCUGAAGGACCAGGCUCUCGCUGCCUUCCCCAACGAGCAGGUAUACCAGCCCGUCUCCCACUUUGCCAUCGAUCGGGAGGACAGCAACUCCGAAGACGAUGACGACAGCAUGGAGACCGCUUUCAGACAGCUGUCGAUUGACCUGUCCAGGUUCCGGCGAGAGUCCACCGCCGACCUCGCCUGGGAGCUGGAGGAGAUGCGACGGCACAAGGAGGAGUCGGAGAUGAGGUCUCGGGAACGCCUCUUUGCAGCUAAUCAUACAUCCAAGUUCUCCGCGGCUGCGCUUGCCGCACGAUAUAAGGAGGAAUGGGAAGGCCUUGAAACGGGCGGUUACGAUAUCAUUGGCGGCUGGCAGAAGGGCGUAAACCUUGCGCCUAUGCGUGAAGCCGCGAGCCCCCCGAUGCUGGGAGACGACAUUGUUUUCACUCGAUGCCAGUCUCCCAAGUCAACACUGGUAGGAGCCGACCAGCUUCCUACACCAGCCACGAACCAAAACAAGAAACCUGCUGGUAACUGCAACGCCGGUGGACUAUGGUCGGCAGACACAAACAUGGCGGACUGCGGUGAAGUCGGACUUUGGAACGGUACUUGCAAGAGAAAGUCCGGUGGCCAGACAAGCUGCGAUCGUUCCUCACAAAACUCAUCACCGCAAAAGUCUGGCCUUGUGACGCCCGCUCCGGAGCGAAUGGACCCUGUUCUACCGCCUACUCCAACUCCUACGCCUUUGGGCUCUCUCAUCCAGCCCUCUAAAGAAAUCUCUCCCGAUCUUGUCACGCUCACCACUAUUCCCGACUCCUCAUCACCUUCCCCUGCUAUUCUCAUUCAAACAUGCGAUCCCGACCUUGAGCGUGAAAUUGAAGCCGAGUUCAACGAUAGUUUCGUUACCCAAAUAUACAACUAUCUAUCACUGGGGUACCCAUGCUUAGCGCGCGAUUUUGAUGCGGAGCUAAGUAAAAUCACAAAUAUCCCUAUCGAAACGCUGCAGAGCGAUGACCAACACGCCAACGCGAAGGGCUACAUCGACCUACCGGAUUGUCGAACCGGUACUUGCAAUACCACAACCACCACCACUGCUACUACUACCACGCCUGGGUGCGUGCGAUGGAAUGCGUUGAAGCUGUAUAUCCAUGAAUGGGCGAGGCAACAGCCUCGCUCCGGGGCUGACAGAGGAGUCGACUCUUGGGGCGUUCCCGAGCGAAGAGGCAGCUGGGCUGUCUAA